CACAAAUGGCAGGUUGCCUCUGCCUGUCACACGACACUAUAGACGUCGCCAACAAUGGCUUCAGUCACUGGCGCUGUCUCUUGUCGUCUCUUCCCCUCCGCUUCUCGAGCCCGAAUCUCCAUCUCCUCUCCUUCGUCUUCUUCCUCGCUCUCUCCUCUAUCUCUCUCCUCCUCUUUCUCUUAUUUCUUUUCUCCUCUUAAAUGUCUCCCAACUUCUCCUUUUGUACCUCAUUUCUUCUUAAUUCAGAAGGCGUCGUGGAUGAGCACGGUGGCUGUGGCGUCGGAUCCUUCUCAGCUGAAGAGUGCGAGAGAGGAUAUCAAAGAGCUUCUCAAGACUAAGUUUGCCCAUCCUAUUCUGGUUCGCCUGGGAUGGCAUGAUGCUGGUACAUAUAACAAGAACAUAGAGGAGUGGCCAAAAAGAGGUGGAGCCAAUGGAAGUCUCAGAUUUGAAGUUGAGCUGAAACAUGGAGCCAAUGCAGGCUUGGUGAAUGCAUUGAACCUUCUUCAGCCUAUCAAGGACAAGUACUCUGGUGUGACAUAUGCAGAUUUGUUCCAGUUGGCCAGUGCUACUGCCAUAGAGGAAGUUGGGGGCCCCAAAAUCUCCAUGAAGUACGGGAGGGUGGAUGUUUCAGCACCUGAAGAGUGUCCUGAAGAGGGGAGGCUUCCUAGUGCUGGCCCCCCUAAACCUGCAGAACAUUUGCGAGAAAUUUUCUACAGAAUGGGAUUAAAUGACCAGGAAAUAGUUGCAUUAUCUGGUGCACACACCCUAGGAAGGUCAAGACCUGAUCGCAGUGGUUGGGGGAAACCAGAGACAAAGUAUACGAAAAGUGGACCAGGAGCACCAGGAGGACAAUCCUGGACAAUAGAAUGGCUGAAGUUUGAUAACUCCUACUUCAAGGAUAUCAAAGAAAGGAAGGAUGAAGAUUUACUUGUGUUGCCAACUGAUGCUGUUCUUUUCGAAGAUCCUUCAUUCAAGGUAUAUGCUGAGAAAUAUGCUGAAGAUCAGGAAGCAUUCUUCAAGGAUUAUGCUGAAGCCCAUGCCAAGCUCAGCAACCUUGGGGCCAAAUUUGAUCCUCCCCAGGGUAUCGUGUUAGAUGGAGUUACAGGAGAGAAAUUUGUGGCAGCCAGCUACUCAUCUGGAAAGGAUUAAGAAAGAAGUAUCUUGUUUUCUAGUGCCUUAUCUUUUAAUAAUACAGAAUGAAGCUAUUUGCAAAUCCUAUUAAUACACUUCUAAAACUUGGAAGUCUAACUGAGGGAGAAAGGAAUAAAAUUCUGUAAGUAUUGCCUAUUUGAAUUGCAGAGAGAACUGUCAGAGGCUAUGAAGCAGAAGAUACGGGCAGAGUAUGAAGCAAUUGGUGGAAGCCCAGAUAAGCCUCUACAGUCUAACUAUUUUCUAAAUAUCAUGAUUGUGAUUGCUGUUUUGGCAUUUUUGACAUCCCUUCUUGGAAAUUAAGUUUUUCUUCUCUUGGAAGAUCAUCAAGAAAUAAUAUUGUUUUUGAAUGUAUAUGUUAUAUAGUGAGCAAAUAAUAACUCCAGUGCUUGUGAAUGAAAGGUUUCAAAACCUUUGUUUUCAAAUUUAGAAAGGAAAACAUGACAUCUUUAUCAUCUAGAA